AUGGCACCAACAAUUGACUUUGGCGCUGUUAAUUAUGGAUGUACAAAAUAUAAAAGAAGGAUGGUUUUAUAUGAGAGUGUUUUACAGCCGGGAAAAAGAUUUGAAUUUUGCUAUUCCUCUUCCUAUCAGGAUAAACGUGGAAUAGAAACAGCUUAUUACAAAUGUGUUGGUUGUAUGCAUGCUAAACGUUAUAAUGAUGGGAGGAGAAUUCCAAAAAUUGCUGUUCGUCAAGGUCGUUUGGUUAAUUCAAACCCUGAUAGACCUUCAAAUUUUCCUCAUUUUUGUCAGCCAAUUGAUUCAGCUGUUUCUGACCGUAGACAGCGAGAGAGGGAGGUUAUAAAUUGA